UAUUAUCUCACUUGAAUGCACAUUUAUCUAAGUAAAAAGGAAGUUAUUCACUGGGUACUGCACUUAGCACAUAAAAACUGCACUCAGAUGAACUACAUUUCUAGUUUUACCAAUGGUCCUAGUAUAAACAAUUCUGUUGGCGCGGUUACAUUUUGCGCAUACAAUUUUUGUGAUUUAUGGUUGAGUAUUUUUGUUGUUCAUAUUUCGGUUUUAGCUUAGUCUCUAGUCACCUGUAGCUGAGAAUGCCUAGAAGGUGAAAAUCUGCAACAGAGGACGAUAAAUGAGUGGUAGAUACAAAUAAAUUCUGUGAAGGCCCAUAAACAGACACCGUACUGUAUAAAUCUAGAUCUAUAUCAUAUUAUUACCUCACUCAAAUGUUCAUAACAGUUGCAAGAACUUCUCCAAUGGCAAAUGGCAACAGCUUGAUUAAUUAUCUGAAAAUAUAUAAAGCAGCCAUCGAAGAUGACUGGGAAACUGCAGAGAGCAUCUUUAAAGAAGAAAAUUACGACUUAUACACCUACUUCUCGUAUGACUUGGAGACGCCUCUACACAUAGCUGUGGGAACAAAUACUUCUCACCGCUUUGUACAAGAACUAGUGGACUGGAUUAUGCGGCUAGAUGAGCCGCAGAUGCUGAGGAUUUGUAACAGCAAUGGAGAUAUAGCGCUGCACUAUGCUGCCACUGUAGGGAAUACACAAGCUGCAAAACUUUUGAUCAAUAAAGACCCAGAAAUGGCUCAGAUUACUAACGACGACGGGUACACCCCCUUGACUCUGGCAGCCAAGUACAGCCAGAAAGAGAUGUUGUGUUAUUUGCUAGGGGUGACAAAAGAUGUCGUUGGAGAGCGAGGAACUAGUCCUUACCAGGGACAAUUUGGUGCUGACCUUCUUGGCUUUACUAUCUUAGCCGAUUUCUAUGAUGUGGCUCUGUACCUAGUUAAAAAGUACCCAGACCUAGUGAUGGAGGAAAAUAACAUUUAUACAGACCUGGUAACCGCCUUACAAGUACUAGCUGCAAAACCUUAUGCUUUUCAAAGUGGAUGCAAGCUUGGAUUUUGGGAACGAAUUAUCUGUUCAUGGAUUCCAGCUACUGAGGAGAGAGCAGUGGAGUCCCCUGAUUCAAGAUCAUCAAUGUUGAUCACAGCACAAAACCAAAUUAAUAAAGCAAGCUAUGGGUUCAAUGUUCUCUUCUGGAGUGUACUGCAAAACUUGGCACCACAUAUCAAGCAGAUGCAUCGAAACAAAGUGUGGUACAUACAAACGAAAGAACUUGUAAAACUAAUGUGCUCAACUGUUAUAAAUAAGGGUGACAAGAGUUUGGCUUGGGAGGUAUUGGGGAGCACAGUAUCGACCGGGGUAAAAUACGGAAUACAUGAGCUUGUAGAGGAGUGCUGCCGUCAGUAUCCGCUAGUCAUCAAGUACGAUGUAGGAGGAUUGAACUUGUUCGUAGCUGCAAUCAAGGAAAGGCAGGAGAAAGUGUACAACCUGGUAUAUCAGUUGUCAGGACAUAAGGUGUUCACUGCGAAUAAAUUUGACUACAUGGGAACUGCAUUGCAUUUUGCUGGUGAGUUAGCGCCUGUGCAUCGUCUCAAUACAGUGACUGGUGCAGCUUUGCAAAUGCAGCGUGAGCUUCAGUGGUUCAAGGAAGUUGAAAAGUUUAUAAUACCUUCAAUCAAAGGGAACUUAAACCAUGAAUGGAAAACACCAAAAAUGGUAUUCACUAUUGAGCACAGAGAGCUACACAAAGAAGCACAGCAAUGGAUGAAAGAUACAUCAUCAUCCGCUACUGUAGUAGCUGCUCUUAUUGUAACCAUAGCAUUUGCAGCUAUAUUUACGGUACCCGGGGGAAAUAACGAGAAGGGAAAGCCACUAUUUUCAAAUGAUGCUGUCUUUAUUCUCUUUGCCAUAUCAGAUGCAAUAGCAUUGUUCUCUUCAUCAACCUCUGUUAUGAUGUUGUUAGCAGUACUUAAUUCGCGUUUUGCAGAGGAGGAUUUUUUAUAUUCUUUACCAAAGAGAUUGGCGCUUGGACUAAUAUCAUUGUUUAUAUCUAUAGCUGCUACAAUGGUUACAUUCAGCGCAACUCUAUCACUUGUGCUACAUGAUAAAGUACAGUGGGUUGCUGCGCCGAUUAUUUUACUAGCUAGCAUUCCAGUGACAUUGUUUUUGUUGUUGCAAUAUCCGCUACUUGAGGAACUGGUGCGCUCUACAUAUGGAAGAGGCAUUUUCUACAGGCAGAACAAGUUGUUGCUUCAUUAGAUUUACUGAAUGCUGUCGUGGUCAGUUAUCUAAACACUUUGUACUUGCUAUAAUUCAUCAUUUAUGUAAUCUUGUGUGUUGUUAAUGCUGGAAAAAGUAACACUUAUGUGCUCGAGCAAGGAGCUGAUAUAGUGAUAAGCUUGAACAGUG